AUGACCUUCGCGUGGAAAGCCGCCGGUUUGACCUACAACCGCUACCUGUCUGUUGCUGCUCAGGCAGUCCGCCGCUCUCUCAAGCCAGAACUCCGUGUUAAGGUCGAGUCCCAAACUCCAAGCGAGCUCAAAUAUGCCCACUGGAAGAACGGCAAGCAAGGCGAAGUCGUUGACCUGGCCGCCCAAAUGAACCAGGGUGUAAACCAGGCCUCCAAAUAA